AUGAUCACCAACUCCUUAUUUGAAACUUAAAUAUAUGGUCAUCAGAAAAUCAUUAAUUAAGAGUUUUCUUUUUGUGAUACAACUACAAGCAAUCAUCUCGUUGAAUAUAGGGGGCCUAUCCUAAAUAGAGCAUGACGUUUUAUACUUUAAAUUAAUUGUCAGUGACCAUAUCCAUAUGUACUAAUACGAACCUCCGUGAUAAACCACCGCUUGCGUAAUGUACUAAAGUAUAAAAGUAUUACUAAGUGCGUAAAAAGUAAAAGUGGUGCCAUAUUUAUUCAUUUACAAACUCCAAAGACGUGCUGCAUGUAUCACGUAACCGUGAUUUGCGACGAAGAUGUAUGCACUUUUAUUUUUGUAACUAUCCUCUCCGCCAAGAAAUGCUCCCCACUAUUCCAAGUCAACAAAGACAAAAAGUAUCGAAAUAAAUAAAAUAUAUAAAGUCAAAGCUCUCCGGUUCGCGUUUUUUAUUAUCAUACAUCUAACCUUGGUAUAUAAUCACCAUCCAUCUUCUUAUUCUUCUUCAUCUUCUCAAUCUUAAUAACUUGAAAAAAAUAGAAAAAAGAAAAUGAUGGGAAAAAGAAUAGCUUCCUUCAAGAACUUAGCCAAGAAAAUGAAGAGCAUCAACACAAGAGAAGGCGGCUCCGAGUCAACUCAUAACGAGUCUCUCCUGAUCAAUGAGGCGGACGUCGCGGCGACUAAGACGCCUACGGGAACGUUUGCGGUGUACGUAGGGGAAGAACGCGUGAGGCGCGUGGUGCCGACAAGCUAUUUGAACCACCCUUUGUUCAGGAUGCUCCUUGACAAGUCACACGACGAGUUCCACUGUUUGGAUCAGAAGGUUAUGUUGGUCGUCCCUUGUAGCCUCUCCGUUUUUCAAGACGUCAUUAACGCCAUCGAGUCUUGUAAUGGUAACUUCGAGUUCGGUGAUUUUGUCGAGGAGUUUCUUUGACUUCUUGUGAUAAAAAAUAAUAUUUGUUGUAGUGAAAAACACCCCUUUGUUGCGUGGUGUGGAUUGUUUUUUUUUCUCCUGGAAUUUGUAUUCGGACAUAUCGAUUA